AUGGCAGCCCUGAAGCGAGAGAUGGACGAAAUGAGGCGCGCGAUGGCGAAGGGGGCGCUGGAUAUGAUGGGAGCGGCGGGGGGGAACCACGGCGCUGGCAGUGCCGCGGCAGGAAAGGCAGGAGAGGACGUAGACGGCCUUCCAGCGCAGGCGCCGCCGAAGGGCGAGGCGCUUAUGGCCCUGGUGGAGGCCAUGAUCGCGGCGCGGGUGAAGGACGUGCGGGACGAGGUUGAGUCGCAAGUGCAGGGAUUGAAGGAGCAGCUGGAGGCGGCGAGAGGCGAGGCGAGAGACGCGGCGAGCGAGGCGAGGGCGGUGAUCGCGCGGCAGGCGACGGAGAUAGCGGACGUGCGCGCGACAGCGGCGCACAUUGACGCGCGGAUGAACGACGUGGAGCUGGCGGUGGCGGAGUGGAAGGUCGCGCGGGAGACGCCGCGCGCCGAGCGCAGCGACGGUAGCGACGGCAGCGACGGCAGCGCGAAGGAGCGUGCAGAGGCGGAGGAGGCGCGCGAGGGGAAAAAGAGGAAGCGGGAGGUCGCCGGGAAAGGGGAUGAGCUGUCAGAAUUUGCUGGUGCGGCAGAUGAUGAUACGGCUGCUGAUGAGAAGCGGGAUGAAGCGGAGGAGGAGGACACGGUAGUGGAGGUGGAAUGGCAGGAAGUGAAGGGCUGGUUGUUCGCGGUGGGAAGCAGAGUGGCGAAGCUGGAGACGACGAGUGACGAGGGAAGGAGGAUAUGGGAGGCAAUGCUCACUCUGUGGGCGGCAGCAGUGCCAGGGCAGACUCGAAUGGACCUCAGCGGCAUCUCCUGCCUCACAGACACUGCUCUUACUCACCUCACCUCGUUGCACUACCUCAAAUCCGUCAACCUCAAAGGCUCCUCCGGCUUCACUGCAGCAGGGAUGAGGAAGCUGUACUCUCUUGCAGGCCUGGUCCGUCUGGAACUGGGUUCCUCUGCCACAGCUGAUGCUGAUCUGGAAGGUAUUGCCUGCCUCAAGAACCUGCGCAGCCUUGCAGUUAGCAACACCGAUAUCUCAGACGUGGGAGUGGCGAGGCUGCAGGAGCUCCGCGGCAGGGAGGUGGUGCAGCGCGCGCUGCUGCGCCUGGUCGCGAAUUGGUGGCGUGGGGCGCGCUGGCGACCGUCGCCGGGGCUGGCGCUGGCGCUGGCGACUGUCGUAGGGGCUGGCGCUGGUGCUGGCGACCGUCGUAGGGGCUGGCGCUGGUGCUGGCGACCGUCGUAG